ACUUAUGAAAACUUCAAAACAUAUUGAAUGGAACUAUUUAAUAUUGAAUUGUGUGGUACUAAAAUUAUUUAAAUUUUAUAAUUCAUCUAUCAAUAUUUUCUAACCAAGUGGUUGAUAAACAUUCUUACAAAUGGACUAGCCCAUAUACUUCUAUUUUUUUAAUAUAAAAACAAGUGAACUGUCUACAAAUCUUCCAUGAAACAGCAUGACAUCUGUUUGUUUUGAUUUUAAUACUUUAUUGUACUAAUUAAUUUUAAUACAUAUCUGCAAAAACAUUGCAUGAAAUAAUGGAAAGUCGAGAGUGGAGAAAUAACAUUAUCAGCAAGUUGCAAACAAGGAAUAAAUAUGAAACAGCAGCAUUUCAAGAUAUAAUCAGUUUUCAGAGUAGACUCUUUGACAAUGUCAAUACCUUAAAAAAUGAAAAUCUGCAGCUAACCUUAUUAAAUGAAAGGAUUAGAUUUUCAAGCACUGAUGGGUCACCCAGCGGAGCAAGUGCCAGCAAUGAAAGGAUACAGGCUAUGGAGCAAAAAAUUCUUGUACAACAGGAAGAGCUAACAUCAUUACACAGACGAAGGGGGGAGAAUGCACAGCAAAUAAUGAGUCUCAAUGAAAAAGUACAUGACUUAGAGAAACAGCUUCAAGCAAAGGAUGUGAUAAUUUCAGAAAACACAGCAUUAAUUGCUUCCUUACGAGCUGAAAUACAAAUGUAUGAAACAAAUAUGUCAGAAUUGCAAGGUUUAAAUCAAGUGCUACGCGAUGAACAUCAAGCCUUACAGAUAGCAUUUGCAUCUAUUGAAGAAAAACUGAGGAAGGCCCAGGACGAAAAUCGAUCACUGGUUGAAAGACUUAUAAAGUAUAAAUCAAAAGAUGCCGAUAAAAUGAACGAAGAAAAUGAACAUUAUUUAAAGUCAAGCAACCCUACCGCGUUUUUCUUCAACACAUUCGGUAGAGUUAGUUUCGGAAAGAAAAGCGACAAACUACGGAAGGAAUUGGAAGAGGCCGCAAGGGAGGGCGGAAGUCGAAGCAGUGGCGGCUCAGCGGGAAGCACAGACGACAAGAUAAUGGAUUCCUUGCCUUACUAUGCGACGGCUUUGCCCUCCAAAGUUGCUAUUCGAUUUGACGCGCACGAUGGAGAAGUGUAUGCCGUAAAAUGGAGUCCGACAGAUCGACUGGUGGCGACCGGCGGCGCGGACAGAAAAGUAAAGUUAUGGGAUGUUUCGAAAAGUAUUGUUGAAAACAAGGGUACAUUAGUUGGUUCGAAUGCGGGUGUCAUGUCUGUGGACUUUGAUUCCACGGGCGCGUACAUUGUGGGCGCUUCCAAUGACUUCGCGAGUCGCGUAUGGACGGUCGCCGAUCAGAGGUUAAGGCAUACAUUAACAGGACAUAGCGGUAAAGUAAUGGCGGCCAAGUUUCUCGGGGAACCGACAAAGGUGAUAACAGGGAGUCAUGACAGAACGCUAAAAAUAUGGGACCUUAGAAGUAGAAUGUGUACAGAAACAAAAUUCGCAGGAUCUUCCUGUAAUGAUCUCGUUACAUCUGACGGCGCGGGCUCGACGAUAAUAUCCGGCCAUUUCGACAAACGCAUCCGAUUCUGGGAUAUACGAACGGAGAUGUCGGCGAACCACAUAAUGCUUCAGGGAAAAGUUACUUCGCUCGAUUUAAGUAGAGACAGUAAUUAUCUCUUAGCGUGUGUAAGAGAUGAUACAAUACAGCUCAUAGAUCUGCGAAUGAACACCAUCGUGCGAUCGUUCAGUAACGAAGCGUUCAAAGUUGGCUGUGACUGGUCUCGGGCUGCGUUCGGUCCCGGGGGACGUCUGCUGGCGGUUGGAGCCGCGGACGGCGUAGUCUUCGUGUGGAACACGUAUUCUGGACGACUUGAAACCACUCUGAAGGAUCACACGACGGCGGUGACAUCUGUAUCGUGGCACCCCCAGUCUGGACUACUGGCCUCAGUGGAUCGAGGAAAACGUGCUCUCAUAUGGGGGGACUUGUGACAAGCAUGGGAGGCACCAAGGCCUCCGCCACCAAACGAACAGGCAUGUAAACAAGAGAAGAUUGCGACAGACGACAGCGGGGAAGUGUUCGAUUUAAUACGUGGAUUUACCACUGACAUAUUCCAUCGGUUCACGUAACGACAAUUUUUCAUAUAUAUUUUUGUAAAAUAUUAUUAAUUGUAUAAGUCCUCAAAGAAAAUGUUGUAAAUGCACAUUUUUUUAACAUUUCGUUAAGCUGUUAUAAAUGUGAGAGUGAUGCAUCAAAAAUUCCGUUUGCUAUGAACAUGCGUCUUCAAGCUAUGAACGAAUCUGUGUUGUGAUUUGUGAAAAGCCUUUGACGUUUGAGCUAUAACGUGGUGAGAACUAUGUUUCACCUCACCAUGCACACUCUUAACAUUUCACAAAUAAAUAUACAGACUGUAUAAGUGCCGUUCUCAAAAAUGAGUACUUAGAAGUAGUUACUCGAGAAACAGUAAUCUAUAUAACUAAAACCCGGUUUCCAAUUGGGAUAUGAAUGAUUAAAAUCGAAUUUCGACCAACGUGCGAAGACGGAUACUAAAAAAUCCUAAUAAAAAAAUUACAGGUAACAAUGCUUUGUGUAACGCAAAAAUGUGACGAGCGGUAGCUUCAGUCAUUACGAUUUUUUAUUAUUAUUAUUGCUUAGAUGGGUGGACGAGCUCACAACUCACCUGUAAAAUAGUAGUAACUGGAGGCCUUAGACAUCUAGAACGUAAAUGCGCCACCCACCUUGAGCUAUAAGUUCUAAGGUCUCAGAACAGUUACAACGGCUGCCCCGCACUUCAAAUUCCCCACCCUUCAUUACUGCUUCACGGCAGAAAUAGGCAGGGUGGAGGUUCACUAUUAAUUCACUAUUAUCGCUUUCCAUUGCGGGCUCAGAAAAUGUAAACUUGUUUUCUUUUCUAUUUGAGAGGCUGGGCGAAGAAUGGUUUCUUCACCGAGGUAUAUUUUGCAUCAGACUCCUAAUCCACUUCCUCAUAUACUACUCCCAUUAAUUUUGCUAUAGCAAUACGAAUGAUUUUUUGUAGACACCUUAAUAAAACGAUAAAUAUUUUUAUAUACAUUACUAUACAUGUGUAACUCUUUGCUGUUGAGAACGGUCGUAUCAAGCCCCAUAUAAUUCAAUCUGCACAAGGCGAAUAUUUUUCCUGUAACGAGUUUGACAAUACAAUGUUGUAUGAUUUAAAUACAUACAAUACAAGUAAACACAUGUUUGGUUGUAGACGCACAUUCAUAGCUUCGAACAACAACUAUAUUCUUUUUAAAUUUUUUUCUCUUUGUAUUGAAUAAUUAUUAGUGAAACUUUGAUAAUUAAUUGCCAAGCUUCAGAUAAUUUUAGUAGAAUGAUCACGUCACAUUUUGGUAACAUCUUCGGUGCUAUUAAUUACCCCCACUUACGUAUUAUUUGUGAGGUAGAAACCCAAAGUCCUCAGUAAGCUUUCUUUUUUUUUAUUGCUUAGAUGGGUGGACGAGCUCACAGCCCACCUGGUGUUAAGUGGUUACUGGAGCCCAUAGAUAUAUACAUCGUAAAUGCGCCACCCACCUUGAGAUAUCUAAGUUCUCAAGUAUAGUUAGUUACAAAAAGAUCUACAGUUUGACUGUAUUUUUAUUGAAAAAAUGGCAACAAUAGCCUAAUAACAUUUAACAUUAAGAUGUGAACGACCUUUUUAGUGAGAAAUUAAUGUUGCGAUUCACGUCUGCUUACUGAAUUUUGAUACAAAAAUAAACACGUACGAACUUUGUAAUACAAAUUAAGCCCAAGAACAUAAUGAACAAAUGUGGUGACCAUUUUUUGGUUUCCGUCUGAAUGCAGUCUUAAAUAUCCUUAAAACUAAAUUUACGGACCGGUAUGAACGCACAGUAUGCGCUUGGGCUUAGACCAACUUAGCAUAUAGGCCUUCCGUCAAUUGUGCGCAUAGCUUAAUGUCAUUCCUGCUUAUAUUUUAUUAUGAGUACUGAUGUACGGAUAUGUGCGAUUUAUAAAUUUAUAUAUUUUAAACGUAAACGAUGUUUUAGAAAUAUGUUAUGCUGUGUAAGUUGAAUAAUAAAAUUAUGAAUUAUUGCGCACUCUUAGUAACUAAGAUAACUUGCAGAAGGGCGGUUAAAAUGUAUGAAUAGUCAUGAAUAGCAGCGAUAACAUGUGUGACUCUGAUGCCAGAGGUCGCAGACUCAACAUUGAGCUCCUCCACUAGUAUCAUUGUUUCCGGUUUUGAGGUCCUAUGUUAUCACACAUUCAGUAUAAUGUGUUCACGAGUGCUGGUACGACGGCUGGCUGCUCAUUAGUAAUGUAUUUGUUUACAUUAUUGAUGGCAAGUCCGAAGUAGUAGCCGCUCCUCCUUAUAAACGUAAGCUAAGUAAAACACAAUCGAUCGAAUAUCUUAGAAUAUGUAAUAGAAUAUUUUAUCGUUAAUAAGACAUGAUAUUCUUUUUCCUCGAGCGUGCAGGAUAAGGCCACCUGUGCUUGGCUCUCAUUAGCAAACAAUGAUCGGGCUUCGGCGACCACCGACUGCCGCGCGAUCAAUAAACUGUUGAGCCGAUAAAACCUGGGCUCGACCACAGGGCUGUCAUAUCAUUCAUGCAACAUCAAAAAUUAUGCAACCAGUAAAAUUUACAUGUAUCGUUAAUAACUUUUAGAUCAUACCAUUGUUCAGCUCUAGAAAAUAUCACGACUUUUAAAGUAAUUUUGAAGUAGUUUUUUUUUUUAAUUGGCAACAUAAGGAGUUGUUUUGAAAUAUUUCAUUAUAAUAUCUGGCAACCCUGUUAGUAUUUUUCCCGCCCCGGGUGGCCUAAAGGUCUAGAUACCAGGCCAUAAACUUCAAAAAAAAAAAAAAAAAAUCCCGCCCCGGGCGUCACAUCCAUAAUCCUGUGACGUGUGUUUUGACAGCCGGACCGUGCCACUUCUCAGUAAGCAGUCUGUUUUUACCACAUUUUUUUACACGAAAGUUCAACGAACCCCCAACACGAUACUAUUUUCACGUAUAAUUACAUAUGCAGGCCGCUUAAUUACACGACAGUACUGCAAUGUGUUCGUGAAAGAAAAAAGUGCCGGCGCCGCUGUUAAAUCACGCUUCAUUAACCUUCGGCCCCGCUAAUAAUAGGUGCCUUUCAGGUAGAUUUGCAUUUGGAGCUGAACAAUGUCCUCGUCUCUCUAACGCCCACGAUGAUUCUUGCCAGGUAUUGUGUCAUACUAUCGUAUAAGAUCCACGUUUCCAGUGUCGACCGCUCCACAAACACUCAUAACGGCAGCUCGCAUCUAUUAAAAGCCGUUGACAUUUUAUUUUGUUACUAGUCACUAUCGAACUAAGAGAGAUGUUUUUUUUUUUCACUGCUUUACGAGUGUGAUAAAUUUCGUGCGAUAUGUUUACGUUUAACGGUUAGUGGUGUAUCUUUUUUUUUUUUAAAUAUAAAUGAGGAAAAAAAUAUAUAAAUAUUUGAAAUAUUUUUCGCAAACCAGUCAUGAUUAACAAGUUAAUAGAUUUAAAAGUUUUUGAGAAAUGUAUUAACAUUACCGAAGGGCUAUUUAAUGUAAUUUAGCAAAAUUUAUAGCUCUGGUUUGUCGAUUCGAGUUUGAAAACAAUUUAAUAAAAAUUAUGAUAUGCGUUUAUUUUCUUAACACCAUCUAAUCAUCUUCUACGAGUCCCGUAUUUUGAUGUGACACAUUUAAGCUAUUUUAAUGCUAAUGCACCCAGAAUAUGUUGCUGUGAACCUAAAAUAGCUUCCAUUUACUUUAUACUUUAUUUUAUUAUUUGUUUGAUAAAUUGUAACUCAUAUUUAGUUUGUGAUAAAAUAAACUCACCUUCCAGUUUUAACUAAAUGAAUUAGAGCCGCGUCUAAAUAUUAAUACGUGCCUUGUUUAGUAAUUAAGCGGUAAUAAAUGUUUCAUAUUAACGAAAAAUGUUUAUAAAUAGUUUUGAUUAACUGCUGUAUUCCAAGUGUUUAAAAAUUUGAUUCACACAUUUCAUUAUUUUCAAUUGUGUAAAUUUAGUGUAAAUAUGAAAAUUUGAUCUUUAUAAAGACAGCUAGCUGUUGAGAAUGCAUCACGUGGAGUAAUUUUAGGGCUCUGUGUUAGUAAUAAACAUGAAGUGAUAAACACUUGACUUAAUUGACUGUUGUAAGUAAACUUAAGCAUAAUGAUUAGUUGUACUGAAUCGGGUUUUGAGAUUUGUGCCUGUUUAUUUUAAUAUUUUUUUAUAAUAUAUUUGUGUCCGUUUACUAUAGGACGCUAUCGCGUGUUUAAGGUACGGCACUCACAAAACCCAGUUCCACGCUAGUAUGUGUAUUAGUCAUAUUUUCUAUUCUGCGAAAGGUAUAUUCGGUAUAAAAUAAAUGUGUUAUUACAA